AUGGGGCAGGCAGUGAGUGAUGCGAAUAAAGGGGAAAUCGGUGUUGCUGAGCUGCAAGACUUGUACAAGAAGUUUGUGACUGAAUGUCCCAGCGGAACACUUUUCUUUCACGAAUUUAAGCGUUUUUUUGGAGUUUUAGACAAUGAGGAAGCAGCUGAAUAUAUCGAAAACAUGUUUCGGGCAUUUGAUAAAAAUGGGGACAACACAAUUGAUUUCUUGGAAUAUGUUGCAGCACUCAAUUUGGUUUUAAGAGGCAAUCUGGAGCACAAACUGAAAUGGACUUUCAAAGUUUAUGACAAAGAUGGAAAUGGAUGCAUUGAUAAAACAGAACUGUUGGAGAUUGUGGAGUCCAUUUAUAGAUUAAAGAAGGCUUGCCAUCAAGAAUCAGAGGAAGGGUCUGUGCUGUUAACUCCAGAAGAGGUUGUGGACAGAAUAUUUCAGUUAGUGGAUGAAAAUGGUGAUGGCCACCUUUCAUUGGAUGAGUUUAUUGAUGGAGCACGGAGAGACAAGUGGGUGAUGAAAAUGUUGCAGAUGGAUAUGAAUCCAGGCAGCUGGAUGACUGAUCAGAGACGCAAAAGCGCUUUAUUUUAA